AUGCGGCAACGUUUUUGCAUCACAUUUUUGUACGUUUUUCUCCUUCUUCUUUUUGCAAUGUCCAUUUGUCCUGUGGAGGCCAAGGAGUGUGUGGUAAAGAAGGGCAUGCGGGCGUGGAAGUAUGAUCGCGGGUCUUUUCUCCGUGAUGGUCAGAGCAUCACAUGGCACGAGGUGAACGAAAAGGGGGAGCGUUUGGCCACCUUUACGGAGUUAACGCGCCAGGAAGGUCAACUGCUUCUGCAUGACGAGAAGCGGAAUAUGGAUUUGCUGCUGCGCUCGGAUCUCUGCGCGGUGCGCCAUAAAGGAGAGGAGAACUUCCGUCAACUGUACGCGGGGAAAUUCAUGAAGACUGUGGACUGCACGUGA